ACAUCAGCACCUAAUUUUCAUCGUAACGAUAAGUCCACCUAAAUAUCAAAGCAUUCUUCUAACUUUCCCUUGCAUGCCUUCAUGUUAAGCAUAAAUCGAAACUCGAAAGUCCCAUCAUCGCCAUAUCCGAGGAGGUCAAGGUUAUAAAAGAAAGCACAUCCAUUCUGUGUCAAGACAGAUAUAGAACGAAGGGAAAUCGAUCAUAGAGUUGUUCUUCAAGAUGUACUCAUUCUCAGAGCUUUUGGGGCUUCUGGUUCUUAGUGAAAUAUUGCUCAUUUGCAUGGCUCAGAACAACGUGCAUUACUACGACUUUGUUCUCAAGGACACGAAUUUUACAAAGCUAUGCGCUACAAAGAGCAUUUUCGCCGUAAAUGAGAGUUUUCCCGGACCGGUAAUUCGCGUCCACAAAGGGGACACUGUUUACGUGAAUGUUUACAAUCAAGGAACAUAUGGGGUGACAAUUCAUUGGCAUGGAAUAAAGCAACCAAGAAAUCCAUGGUUUGAUGGACCUGAAUACAUAACUCAGUGUCCCAUCCCAGCCGGAACAAACUUCACUUACCAAGUCUUACUUUCUUCAGAAGAAGGAACCUUAUUCUGGCAUGCCCAUAGCGAUUGGACAAGAGCUACGGUACAUGGUGCCUUCGUCAUCUUGCCGGCAGAGGGAACAACUUAUCCAUUUCCCAAGCCCGAUGAAGAACAAGUUUUAGUAUUUGCUUCGUGGUACAAAGAAGAUGUGAUGACUUUACUGGAUGAGGCCCUACGUUAUGGUGGAUUAACGACAUUAUCGGAUUCAUAUGCCAUCAAUGGAGAACCAGGGGAUUUUUAUCCGUGCUCCAGAGAUACAACAUAUCGUAUGUCGGUUGAUUAUGGCAAGACCUAUCUACUUCGGAUAGUGAAUACUGUACAGAACACAGAGAUGUUCUUCGCCAUUGCAGACCACAAUCUCACAGUGGUUGGAUGGGAUGGAUCUUACGUCAAACCCUUAGUUUGCAGUUACAUAAUGAUAACCCCAGGACAGACAAUGGAUGUUUUGGUGACAGCAAACCAAUCUCUUGGCCACUAUUACAUGCUUGCCAGCCCUUAUUUUGAUGGGCAGGCAGAUGACUUCGACAAAAGCAUCACAAGUGCAAUAUUCCAGUACAAUGGUAACUACACUCCUCCAUCGUCGCCUGUCUAUCCGACUAACAUCCCUGGUUUUUAUGACAUUGGCGCUGCAACUUUCUACACAUCAAGUCUGAGGAGUUUGGCAACCCCAGAGCAUCCUGUGGACGUCCCUCAAAAUGUCUCCACCAGAAUGUACAUAGCAGUAUCUAUAAACAUGAUGAAAUGUCCCAAUGCCUCGUGUGCAGGGCCUGAUGGGAACAGGCUUUCUUCCGGCCUAAACAACAUCAGUUUUGCUAACCCUUCCAUGGAUAUAUUGCAAGCUUAUUACAGGAACAUAAGUGGAUAUUACGACACAAAUUUCCCAAACAGACCACCACAUGUGUUUAACUUCACCUCAGAGGAUUUGUUGACAGACAAUGUGACCAUCUCGGACCAGGGUACGAGGGUGAAAGUGCUAGAUUAUAACGCAACCGUCGAAAUAACGUUUCAGGGGACUAACAUCAUGAAUUCAGGAGAAAAUCAUCCAAUGCAUCUUCAUGGGUUUAGAUUUUAUGUGGUCGGAACGGGAACUGGAAACUUCGACAAGGAAACCGAUCCACUAACUUAUAAUUUGGUUGAUCCGCCUGAAGCUAACACUGUUCCAGUUCCUAAGGAUGGAUGGGCUACCAUCAGAUUCAUAGCUAGUAAUCCAGGGGUUUGGUACAUGCAUUGCCAUUUUGAUCGGCACAUGAGUUGGGGUAUGGACACAGCUUUUAUAGUAAAGAACGGUGGCACCGAAGAUUCGACUCUCCUCCCUCCUCCGGCCUACAUGCCACCUUGUGAAUCUGAUUCUUUGUAUGGCGUCCGACCAUCAAUUUUCCAGAAAAAAGAGUAAAAAAAAAAAA